AACUAAUUUGGAGGUAAUAGCCAAAUUUCGAUUGGUAUAUAAAGAGCGAUUAUAGCCAAUCUCUCCCAAAUUCUUAACGGGUCUUUUCAAAUUGCAUCGGGUCGGAUGAGUCAAAGGAUCCAUUUUCGUAAUUACUCAAAACAAUUAGGGCUAUUUAAGUCAAUCCCUACUGAAUUAGGGUUUUAGCUAUAACCCUUUAAGCAGCCGCCCUGGCACUUCUAUUCUCCUUUGUUGCUUUUGCUCUAUAUUUGCCUUCCAGGAGCUCUCCACUUCUAAUAGUCUAGUUGUGUAAAGAAAUUUCCAAGAUGCAGAACGACGAGGGACAAAACAUGGACCUUUACAUCCCUAGGAAGUGCUCUGCCACUAACAGGCUGAUCACUUCCAAGGAUCAUGCAUCUGUACAGCUCAAUGUUGGGCAUUUGGAUGAGUUUGGCCGAUACACUGGUCAAUUCACCACUUAUGCUCUCUGUGGAUUUAUUCGUGCCCAGGGAGAUGCCGAUAGUGCUCUUGAUAGGCUCUGGCAGAAGAAAAAAGCCGAAAUUGGACAACAAUGAGAAUUUUCUAUUUGUUUUUGUAUUACCAGCAGUACUUUGUUGGAGUUAGUAGCUUGUUAUGUUUUAAUGUUUGAAGUUCAUAAUUAGACAAAAUGGAAUUACUGCAUCAACGUAUUUGUUACUUCUAAGUGCUGUAACUUGAUUUCCUGUUUAAGAAAGUUUUGGAGAUAGAGAACAAUAUGAGUUCUUUGAAUCAUUUUAGCA